AAUUAGGACGAAAACACGGUCUUAAACCGCUAAAAAAGGAAGACAGUUUGAGGCCCCUCUGCAUAGCAGUUGCCUUGCGCGCAAGGAAAUAAUUCAGUCGGGACAUGUAUUGAGGGAAAGGUGCUCAAUAAUAAGCCUAAACAGGCCAUUAUUUUAAAAAAAACAUUUAAAAAGCUCUCCAUAGUUUCCUGCUGGAAUAGUUAAAGACCAUGGAGAAAUACUGCAGAGGAGAUUUGCUGCCAUAAGAAAACAGAAUGAGAAAUUCUAAAGAAUUUUCUAGCUGCUGCAAAACACUGGCCCCUGAACUUUUCCAUAGAAGGCCUCUGUUAUCACAUCAUUCUCUUCCAGGUGGAGAGAGCAGAAGCUUUGAGCGUGGAACCUACCAGGUAUCUGAAAGCCACAGAAGUCUCAUUGAGCCCAAGAAACUGCCAAACCCAGUGAAGGAGUCCAGGCACCAUCGGGAGUUACACCGGGAGCUGCUUUUCACUCAGAGGAGGGGGCUGCUUCCAGAACAUAAACCUGAACUUCAGAGAGUGCUAGAAGCCAGGAGAAUUAGGCAACUGAAGCAGCAGGAACAAAACCAAAAGCCCUUGACAGAUCUGGAAGAAGAGCUGAGGAAAAGACAGCAGAAACUUGACCAGUAUGAACGAGAGCUGGUCCUGAAAGGGGAGCAAGAUGUCCGGCCUGAGUUCAUCCUUGUCAAGGAGAGCCUGAAGAAGAUUAAGCUGUCUACAGAAACAGACAUCAGGCAGACAUGAGAGGGUCAGCUGCCAUUUCUGCCAGAAUGAAUCCCUGGAAGAUCUGUUGAAGGAAUUCAGAAUGGGACGAGAACAUUUUUGAUGGUGACUGCCCCAGCCUGCUCUCUCUGGCCUGCAGUGUCCAUGCUCAUGCUAACCACAGGGAUAGGAAUGCAGGAUGGAAGUCAGAGGCAAGAACUAUUCAUUUGAUCUGUGGAGUGUGGAGGCUAGCUGUCAUUCAGCUAUGAUCAUUAAACAGACACUCAAAUGGGAAGGAGUGGCAGAAUGGAGCCUGCCAUGAAAGCUCUGAGUGGAUCAUGGCUUUCUUUCUAUUUUUGAGUAAGUUUUGCUAUUCAAUGCAUUUUUAUGAAGAAAACAUUGCCAUUAUUGAGUGCAUUCCAAUCCUUUAUAGAUUUCCAACAAAUCCUAACUGGGCUUCUUAGGAAAAAAGAGAGGAAAAAAGAGAGUAAACAACAUUAGCUUAGCUACCUCUGUCCGUUUUCCCAUAGCUUAGAUAAGGGGAAAUGCUAUUAAAAUAUAACCAUUAAAGCUGCUUUUCGCAUGAGUGAAGAGGUAGAAAGAUGCAUACUUGUUGCUGGCGCAAUCUGUUUAAACUUGCCUUAUGUAUCUAUCUAUGAAUAAGCCUCCAGUCAAGAGAAGAGGGUGAAAGAUAGUGAGAUAUUCAAGAAAAGAAACAGUAGCCAGAUUAAUGUUGAAUGGAUUGGAAUAAUGCAAGAGAAAUGCCCAUUUCCUAAAAUUAAGAUGUGUGAUCUUAAGGAUUUUAUUGACUGAUUGACUGACUGAAUUUAUAUCCAGCUCCUAUUCCAAGAAUGGGAUUCUAAGCAACUUAUAAUAAAAAGAAAUAAAAGCAAUAGCAUUAAAACAUAAAAUGUGUACAAGCUUUGCCAAAUGUGUUUCAUGUGCAAAAUAUGUAAGUUGAUUUAGGCCUGCAGGAUUUACUUGUUUUUUAUUAGAAAUCUGACAUCCAGUAACCACAUCCUAAUGCAAAAGACAUACACUUUCAUAUAGAGGGUGUACACUUAGAAUUAAAGAACUGGGAAUCAGCCCAGGAAUCUGUUUUGAGUACCAGCCUCUACGUUCUGUUUCACUUGCAUUAUGUGCUGUUUUGAGUGCCAAGGCAUAAUGGAACUACCACAGCAAUCCUUUCCUGGUAUCAAUAAGUUUUCUUCAUUUCAUCAGUACAGUACAGGGCAGGAGGAAGGAUAUCUGGUUUUUGUUCCUACUGAUAAAUAUGUGGAACAUAUCAAUAAAUAAUAAGGAGAACUUACCUCUGCCCACUCCUGGUCCACAAGUGUGAAUUCUGGUGCUUAUAGACAAGUGGGAUUUUAAAAAUGACCAAAACAACAACAAACCUGCAGCCUAUUUGACUGCAUAAGAAACUGCACCGGACAGCCAGUUGAAGCAAGUUUAUUUUAUGAAUUGUUGCAAUUUCUCCAUAGGAUUCGUUUAUAUACAGUUUGAUAUUAAGGAGUUCAACAUUGCCUG